AGGGUGACAGAAGGAAAAAGGUUGGGAUCAGAGAAAGAAAGGGUGAAGAAAACAAAUACGCCUGCCAGAGGAUAAAAGACUAAAGAUAGUGAUGAUAUAAACAAAGAAGAAACUGGGGAUUAGCUGGGUCACCUGUGUGUGCAACAUUGUGAUUAAUGCGUGGAAUUUAAAGGGGGGGGCAGGGCAGGGUAUAAAGAGGAAGUAGAAAAGAGACAGGGGAGAGAGAAAAAGGAAGAAGUCUGCUGUUUCACACACUGGUGUGGAAGCUGAGCCCCUCACAAGAAUUCUCCUGGCUGUGUCCGCCAUCUGGAAUGCCGAGUCACUUCCUCUGUCUGCCCUGCGCUCUAACGGGGUUGUCCUCUGCCUCUGUGCUCCCUCCCUCUGCUCUGACAGCACUCUGAAGAACCACUGGAGAGUACCGAGUGAGGACGGGACUCUUCUGACAAGACACACAAACAUCCAGAAUGAAAGUGAGACCCCAGGAGUAGCCCGCAACCAGCCAGACGCACGCCUAAUGGAAUCUGGGGUCUGGAAGACGCAAAGACAACUGCAGUCAUCAGCUGAACUUUUUGGAGGGUGUUCCUAUUCCCUUAUAUGGCAACAGAGCUGGGAAAUCAUUUGAAUUAGUCUGGUUUCUGUUGCAUGCCUGUCUGGUUUUAGUGCUGACUGAGGUCCAUCUGGUGUGUUUCUGUCUCUGCUGCGUGCAUGCGUGAGUGUGUGGGCGCCCUGUGUGCGGCUCCAUUUGUUUAUUUUGCCAUUCUUGGUUCUUCUUUUCCUGUUGUUUGCAUGUGGGCUUUUUGUUUUGGGACAGAAGGAGGGCUUGUGUUUGUGGUUAAGCCAGAGGCAGCGUCAUUGCCUCAGGGGUGGCUGCUUCAUUUAGACUGUGCAACAACCUCUCGCUAUUUCUCCUCUACCUCCCAUGCCCCGCUGUGAUGGUCCGUGUUUGUAAGAGCAACACACCCACCUGGGUGAAUCAACUUGAAGACAAAAACUGGAACUAAUCCCUCCACACAAGGAUCACUUCUGGAAAAAAAAGGACUGGAGCUUCUUUGGAUCAACCUUCAAACAGCUGGAUGUUUCUUCUUCUGACACAACAGGAUGUGUUACUCACAAGCAGCCAACACGAACCCAGGAAGUGCUAGCUGAUACAAACAGGGUAUUGGGUGGUCCUUCUGACACUUUGAAGAAAAGGAUCAUGGGAAAGUUCCCUCUAUGGCACUGACACAUCAAACGAAACAUCAUCGAGAAAGUCUCACACAUUAAAUGAGCACUAAAGUAGUGUCAUGUAAAGCUCAUCACCUCAUGUGGAUUAUCUUUAAAAAUAUAUCUUGCAACAUUGGUUGCCAUGGCUACGGCAGCAUGGUAUCAUCGUGACAUCAGCCGUGUGCACGCAGAGGACUUGCUGGCACGGGCAGGGAGAGAUGGCAGCUACCUAGUGAGAGAUAGUGAGUCUGUGCCAGGAGCCUAUGCAUUGUGCCUGCUGUUCCAACGUCAUGUUCACACAUAUCGCAUUCUUCCUGAUGCAGAUGGUCUUCUAGCAGUUCAGACAACACAGGGGGUUCAGGUGAACUGUUUCCGGACUCUGGAGGACCUGGUGUUGGGGUACCAGCAUCCACACAAGGGUCUGGUCACUCCUCUGCUCUACGCUGUUCCCCGAGAUACCGACACAGGGGAUGAGAGCUCAGAUGAUGAGAAGCCGCCUCCAGCUCCAGUUAGCACAGUGCCUUUAGCGGGACUACCAGCGAAGCCAGCCCCUAAUGCACCUUUACUGGAUAAGCUGCAGGAGCUGAACACAUCUAGUACUGCAGGUGAGGUGAUUGGUUUACUCAAUGACUACCUCUUCAGCGAGCUGCCUCUCGACAUUGAAAAUGUGCAGAAAGGAGCAACAACUCUCUGCCACCUCAAGCGUACUCUGGGUACUGCCUGCCAAGGCCUUAACAGUGAGAUUGAUCUGACUCUCUCAAGCCUGGAAACCCUGGCAAAGGUCUUUGACCAUCCCAGCUGCUCUCUAGCAAACACCAAGGCACAGGGACCAGAGAUGGACUUAGAUAAUCUGCUGUGUAAGAUCUCAGCUUUAGUCAGCCUUCUUUCUUCACUGGAGAAAAAAGUGUUGAAAGCAUUGCAAGACGCAGUGACCAAUCACAACCUGGCUGUGCAGCCUAACCCACCCCCUCCUGAACCAACACCCACCAAUGUCACACCAGUGAAGAGCCAAACCAGGCAGCUACCAGUCCACUCUUUUCAGGUAAAGAUGGUGAGGUAUGGCAGACAGACCGUCUCUGUAGAUGUGGACACAGGAGUGCUGCUCUUUGACAGGAAGGCUGGUUCAUUUGGGAUAGAAAGGGUGUCACAUGACAGAAUCCUCCAGAUUGUCAAGUUCCAGAGCAGUCCUGCAAAGGUGCGCAUGGUAGUAGACAGCCACCACAGCACACCAUGGGAGAUGACGUUUGAGAGCGCACGGAAGCGUGAUGCCUUCUGCCAGCUCCUUCAGCUGAUGAAAACCAGACACUCUCAGCUGAGUGAACCUGACAUGGUUUCUGUGUUUGUUGGCACCUGGAAUAUGGGUGGUUCCCCGCCUCCUCGCAGCCUGCAUUCGUGGGUGACCUGCUGCGGUUUGGGGCACACUCCUGAUGAGUCCGUCGCAUUGCUCCCACAUGAUAUCUACGCCUUUGGGACUCAAGAGAACCCUCAGGGGGAGAGAGAAUGGACAGAGCAUGUUAAAGCAACCCUCCGCAGCUAUACUCACAUCGACUUCAAACAAGUGGCAGUACAGUCCCUCUGGAAUAUGAGGCUGGCUGUGUUUGUGAAGCCUGAGCACGAGAGUCGAGUCAGCCAUGUGAACACAGCCAGCGUGAAGACCGGCCUGGGAAACACAUUAGGUAACAAGGGUGCUGUUGGGAUCUCCUUCCUCUUUGGGGGAACAUCUUUUGGUUUUGUUAAUUGCCACCUGACCUCUGGAAGUGAGAAAGUUCUGAGGAGGAACCAGAACUUUGUGGAUAUCCUCAGGCUCCUGUCUUUAGGGGACAAACAACUCAGCGCCUUUGACAUCAGCCUACGCUUCGCUCAUCUCUUCUGGUGUGGAGAUCUCAACUACAGACUUGACUUGGAUGUUCAGGAUAUCCUGAAACACGUGUCUAAGAGAGAGUUUGAGGAGCUCAUGUGUGCAGAUCAGCUGACCCGAGAGAGACACAAGAGGAAAGCCUUUCUCAAUUUCAAGGAAGAGAAGAUUGCAUUUCCACCCACUUAUCGGUACGAACGAGGCUCCAGAGAUUGUUACCUUUGGCAGAAGUACAAGACUUCAGGGGUGAGAGUAAAUGUUCCCUCGUGGUGUGACAGGAUUCUGUGGAAGUCCUACCCAGACACACACAUCAUCUGCACAGCGUACGGUUGCACAGAUGACAUCUUCACCAGUGAUCACUCGCCGGUUUUUGCCACAUUCCAAGUGGGAGUGACUUCACAGUUCAGCUCCAAAACAGAAACAAACUCAAGUGUGGAGAAAGCCUGGAUAGAGCUUGAAGGCAUUGAGGCCAUCGUGAAGACAGCAAGCAAAGCAAAGUUCUUCAUUGAAUUUCAUUCAAUGUGUCUUGAAGAGACUCGACGCUCAUCUGAAAAUGAUUCACAGAGCUGUGAUGUUCCUGGGUUUCUCAAACUGGGCUGGUCCUUCAAACAGCUACCGAAGCUUCUUCCAAUCAUGUCUGACAUGGAGUACCUUCAGGAUCAGCACCUGCUGUUGUCUGUCAAGUCAUGUGAUGGAUACGAGUCAUACGGUGAAUGCUGUGUUGCUCUGCACUCCCUCUUUGGAGCAUCGGAGCAGUUUGAGACAUUUCUAAGUCAUCGUGGCGAGGAGAUGGGCUCCAUAAGAGGACGGGUGAGGAUCCAUGUACCCAAAGACAGACGAGGGAAGCAGGAGAAGUCCUACGAGAUGUUCCUUUUUGAGAAAGAUCCUGUGAGGGGACAUGUGUCUCCUGCAUCUUCUCGUGUCCAAGUUAACAGGUCAUCGGCACCUCCUUCCAAACUCACCCCAAGCAGCUACACCAAUCCAGCCUACUUCAUCUUUGAGGGUGUGUCGGUGACACGCAGGGUAGAGGAGGCUCUCCCCCCGCGGAGGGAUCCUCAGGUGAUCUGGUCAGGGAAUGAGGCCUUGCAGCUCCCAAAAGUCUCAGGACGUCCGGGGUUUGACAGAAGGCCCUGUCGCAGAUCAGACUUUACAGAGAUUGAAAUUCCAGCCGUCCUGCCCCAGUAUACCCCAACAAAUGAUCUUCAUACACCCCAAACCAACUCCUCCUAUCAGCUUUUCCCUGCCAAAAACCCAUCUCCCAUUCCUCCACCCUCAAGUAACGCCAUGCCACAGUACCAGGAACAGACUCCACAACCCAGAGAUAAAUACCAAGGUAAAAACAUAGUUCAGGACUCCAUACUGCCAGAGAAGAACCUGAGGAACUUAUAUAUGAACCACUCAGCUAUCAUCAAGGAAAAGACCAGAAGGGAUCUGCAUCAGCUUCUUCCAGAAAGAACCAAUCCUGUCCGGGCAGCUAAGAAGCCGUCAGCGUUCCCCUACAUCCCCACUCACUUAGCACACAGCCAGGCCACCGUGCCCUGGAUAGUGGAUCAGCAGCCGCCUGCACCUACAGGAGACAACUCCCUCACCGCUCUGCAAAUCGCCAAGUCUCUCAGCGAGGUUGACUUUUUCCCCAGUGAGCAGAGAGGCCCCUCCAUACCCAACCAGAGAGUAAGUUACAGAAAUGGCCCUUCAGUGCACGUAGAGAGAGGCCACUGCUGGGACAAAGAGGUUUCUGUUCUCCAAGGUGCUCCAGAGACUGUGCGGGAGCUUCUCAGUGCUUUAGGUCUUCAGAGAUACACACUGGGACUCAGUCUCAAUGGCUGGGACGAUCUGGAUUAUUUCAGUGGUGUUACUGAGGAGGAUCUACGUGCUGCAGGAGUGACAAACCCAUCACACAGACGCAGGAUCCUUGAGAACCUGCCCAGAAACUGGAACUAACUCACUGAGAUGAAAAACACCAACGGUACAAUGCAUCACUAUCAAGCCUGGAAGAAGAAUAAAACCACCCAGAUCUAAAAGGACGAACUGAUCGGAUACCAGGGCUUAUAAUAAUCCCUGUCUGCUUUUCUUUUCUCCAGCCAUACUAUAGGAGUGGUUUGUCUGAGUCCACACAGCAAAGGCACAGGAAGCACUUGUUGCACAAUCUGCUCCAUUCAUUAUUUCAUGUUGACGAAUGAUGAACAACAUGAGAGAUAUGAAUGAAUAGGUUAGACAUGAGCCUCCAGUUAUUGACUCUUGUAUAAAUAUUGAUCAUUGCAUCAAGGCCUCAUUGAUUUUAUUUCAAAUGAAUUUUAAAUGACUAUGAAAAUAUCCAGUGUUCACUAAGGCAGGUGUUUACAGUUCACCUUUAUCCCUGCUACUGUGUCCUUUCCAUUACUCUGCUAUCAUUGAGCCUGGAUCCAAGCUUGUAAAAGCCCUCUGUUAAACCUCUGGAGCAGAAAAUCCCUGACUGUAAAUAACCACAUCUGUAAUUUGGGUGCAGAGGGGCCUGUCAUAUUUCACUUUGUUUACUGUUAUCAUGUCACUUAAUCAGCACUUAUGUCCACUGUGCAUGUUUUAUGCGACCUUUGUAAAGUGCAUAAAGCAACUCUUGACCGUUACCGAGCAAUCGCAGGUGUUAUUUUAUGCUGUCAAGCAUGACAUCGGACAUAAAAUCUUUUCUGUUUGAGUGCUCACGUCACACCGUCACAGUAUGUUGCUACCAAAAGCAAAGUGUAGCCCACCUAAUACAUGGAGGUCACUCUGGUGAAGAAGCAACAGCCACUGCCAACAGUAAGAGAUGUUAUUUAAAGUGUAAAUGAGACUGUUUAUCCAAGGGAAAUGUCUCAGAUAUCAUUUUUAUCACAUUUUAAAACAUGAAAAUCUCUCAUGACAUGAAUAACAUUAUUACACAGUUUACCAAGAUUCUAUGGAGCAACUAAGGAGACAAGGGCAGAGAUUUUUUUCCCCAAGUUUCUGGUUGGCAUCUCUCCUGACAGCACAAGAAAGUUUCUCAUACCACUUGAGAAGGUCUCAUAGGAUGAGCCCAAUAGGCCAGAUAUAGACUAUAUGGCCCUCUUCUUGGAGGGCUUUCCAUAGAGCAUUUAUGAGGUCAGACACUGAUGCUGGGCGAGAAGGCCUGGUUCACAAUUUCCAAUCCAGUUCAUCCCAAAUUCCUUGAUGGGGUUGAAGUCCUUGCUUUUGUACAGUCAUGUUGGAAUAGAAAAGGGCCUUCCCCAAACUGUUGCUACGAAGUUGGAAGCAUAGAAUCGUCCAAAAUGUCUUGGUGUGCUCAAGCAUAAAGAUUGGCCUUCACUGGAGAUAAGGGGUCUAGACCAGACCCUGAAAAACAGCCCCAUAUGAUUAUCCCUCCUCCACCAAACUUUACAGUUGGCACAAUGCAGUCAAGCUGGUAACAUUUUCCUGGUAUCCGCCAAACCCAGACUUAGCCAAGUGACUGAAGAAGUCAAGUCAAGUCAAAUUUAUUUAUAUAGCACAUAUAAAAACAGCACAAGCUGACUAAAUGCUUUACGGAGAAAGGCAAGGUACAAAUAACCAUAUAUACAGAACAGCAAAGAACAAUAAACAACACAAAGUGUGAAGAGACGAUAAUACCGGGAGUGCUGGUUUAACAGAAAAGGGAUAUGAGAGAGCGAUCUAAUUUGAGUCAAAGGCCAAGGAAAAAAGAUGUGUUUUUAGCUGUGCUUUUAAGGAACAUAGUGAAUUAGCAGAUCUGUAUGACUUGUCACUCCACAGAACAUGCUUCCACUGCUCCACAGUCCAGUGUCAGUGGUGAUUUAUACCACUCCAUUCAACACUUGACAUUGGACUUGGGGAUGUGAAGCUUGCAUGCAGCUGCCCAGCCAUGGAAACCCAUUACAUGACGCUCCUGCUGCACAGUUCUUGUGCUUACAUUAAUAUCUGUGGAAGUUCAGAACUCUUCAGCUAUGGACUCAGCAGAGCGUUGGAGACCUAUGAGCAUCAUGCACCUUACCAGUUGUUGACCCCACCCUGUGGUCUUCUGCUGUUGUUCCUAAACACUUACACUUUCUAAUAAUAUCACCUACAGUUGACUAUGGAAUAUCAAGCAGAGAUCAAAUUUCACAAACCAUCUUAUUGCAAAGGUGGCAUCCAUCACAGUACCACGCUUGAAGUCACUGAGCUCUUCAGAACAACCUAUUUGGUAUCACAAAUGUUCUCAAAUGGAGACAGCAUGGCUAGGUGCUUGAUUUUCUACACCUGUGGCAACAGGUCUGAUUGAAACACUUGAAUUCGGUAAUGUACAGGUGUGGCCAAAUAAUGAAGUCUGUAUAGUGUAUCUCAGAGUUUUAUAAGUGCAAAACUUUGUUGUGUGCAAGAAAGAAAUCUUAUAAGCUCAAGAAGUUUUCUUGUGUGCAUGUUUUAUUUUCUGCUGCAUGAGAACAACUUUUUUAAGCCUUGUCUCCUUAGGUCAUGUUUUUGUUGGUAACUGAAUAUCAGGUUUGGAAGAAAAUGUCAAUAAAUUUAAAAUGUCUUAUUUUCUUAUUUUUUGUGUCGAAAUCAUAAAACAAUGACUGAAAGACAGGUUUUUGAUUUUCAUGGUCAAGACAAGCAAAAGUUCAAAAAUGACUUCAUUUUCCUUUUUCAUUUCAAAGAAAGACAGAAGAAAAUAAUAAGAUUGAAACAAAAAAUGUUUUUUUUUCAGUUUCUAGUCUCAAAAUGUUUUCAUCAAUGAAGGAUGAUCCAGUGAGGAUGGUGAACAACUUUUUCUCAGAGAAACAGACAUGGCUGUGCAAAAACUAAACAACAUUAUUUCAAAAUAAAAAUGAUAUUUAUGUGAGGAAUGAGGAAUGACUUUUUAAACUUAUUUUCAGUCUUUUUCAUAGGGUUUAACAGAUUCUGGCAUAAUCCAAGACUCAGGGUUUAACUGAACAGGCUAGCGGGCUAGCAGCAGUCACUAAUGCCCUUAAGUGAAGAUAUUAGCUUGUCCAACACUGAUCCUUUUGAUUUUUUAC